UAGCGCGGCACGAGGGAGGACGCCACCCAGCCCCGCCGCUGGGAUCCUGCGCGUGGAGCUUCUGCCCGCUUCUCCUCUGAGGACUCGGCAGCACAGCGAAGAGCGAUUUUUCCUCUCGGGGAUUUUACUUGUUUCACCUUCACCCAUUUCCACUCACUCGCACACACACACACACACACACACGGGAUGGUUGUCGUCGUCGUUCGGACGCGGCUUUUUCCUCUUUGGGAUUAACAGCAGCGGGGGAGACAUGAAAGUGACGGUGUGUUUCGGGAGGACGCGCGUGGUCGUUCCGUGUGGAGAUGGGAACGUUAAAGUGCAAAACCUUAUUGAACAAGCAGCCAUGAGGUAUAAAAAGGCCAUUGCAAAGGACCCCAGCUACUGGGUUCAGGUCCACAGACUGGAGCAUGGCGAUGGAGGCAUUUUGGACCUUGAUGACAUGCUGUGUGACGUGGUAGAUGACAAGGAUAGGCUGGUUGCAGUGUACGAAGAGCAGGAUCCACACAAUGGAGGGGACGGAACCAGCGCCAGCUCCACGGGAACGCACAGCCCAGAGCCGUUUGCCAGCGAGAUGAAUUCAGCGUCAGCAUUCCAGCCCUACCAAGCUGCAAGCGAGAUCGAGGUCACAACAUCUGCUCUGCGAUCAAGCAUGUCGCUGAAUGUCCGUCGAGGCAGCGAUCCCUCGUUGGCUGACCUGCCUCCAGGUGAGGCUCUGGUCGGUCAAGACGAACCGUCAAGAAAGAACCCGACUCGCUGGUCCACAACUGCUGGUUUCCAGAUGUACAACAACAAGCCAAACCCUCGGGGCGCCUCAAGCACUCUGGAACAACAGGGCAGGGGAUCCCAAGCCUAUCGGAGUCUUCCUCGUGACGCGAGUGGCUGGACUGCUCAGUUUCACAGAGACAUGCUUCGUUCUUCCCUUAGCGCCAACCAUCCGAUGGUUGACCAAUGGCUUGACCAGCAGGAACAGGAGGAGGAAGAAGCAGAGCAAAGAAAAUACGAAAGGAGGAUUGAGCGAAUCGAGCCUGUAGGGAGGGCCGACUCUUCACUGGACCGUUCACCUGUGUUAAGUCUUGAAAGCAUGCUCAAGCCGGUCGAAGUGUCCAAUGAAGGAGGGCCCCUGGGGAUCCACGUAGUUUCUUUCAGUUCACAUGACGUUAGGACUCAGGGCUUGCUGGUGAAGCGUUUGGAGCCAGGAGGAAAAGCUGAGCACGAGCGUCUCUUCCAGGAAAACGACUGCAUCGUCAGGAUUAAUCAGGGAGACAUUCGCAACCUGCGCUUCGAACAAGCUCAGAACAUUUUCAGGCAGGCGAUGCGUUGCCCUGUCAUUCUUUUCCAUGUGGUUCCUGCCUCCAUGAAGAGACAGUAUGAAAUACUAUCGGUCCAGAACGAGCUCAGCUCACCCCAGUCGACCAGGGUCCGCUUCAGCCAAGGCUCCCAGCACCCAGGGGACCGGUCGAGUCUGGAUUCAGGGACGCCGUCCAGAUCUGGGCAACAAGCGGCCGUCAACCACGAUCACCAAGGUCCUCUGGCAGGAAGCACCCCAGAACCAAGUCGGCGGUUUGCCACCUUACCCCAUGCUGUACCUCACCCCAUAAUCUCCAGGACCCCCUCAGCGCCUUCCCCUUCCCUGCAGCGCAGAAUAAGCACGACUCCAUCCAACAGCUCCUACCUAAAGAAAAAAGGACGCAGCUUCAACAUCCAGCUGAAGAAAGGUCCAGAGGGUCUUGGAUUCAGUAUCACCUCCAGAGACGUCCCUAUUGGAGGAAGUGCUCCCAUUUACAUCAAAAACAUUCUCCCUCGAGGUGCUGCCAUCCAAGAUGGACGACUGAAAGCUGGAGACCGGCUAUUGGAGGUUAGUGGAGUGGACCUGAAUGGAAAGAGCCAGGAGGAAGUGGUAGCCCUGCUUCGAGCCACGCCCAUGGACGGGAUGGUGAACCUGUUGGUGCUUCGUCAGGAGGACACACUUCUGCCACGAGAAGUGAAACAGGACGAUGACACGGUGCUAACCCCGGACGGAACACGAGAGUUUCUGACGUUUGAGGUCCCUCUGAAUGACUCAGGCUCCGCUGGCCUGGGGGUCAGCGUUAAGGGGAACCGCUCCAAGGAGAACCAUGCUGAUCUUGGCAUCUUUGUGAAAUCCAUAAUUCAUGGAGGUGCUGCUAGCAAGGACGGACGUCUUCGAGUCAAUGAUCAGCUCAUUGCAGUCAAUGGGGAGUCGCUGCUCAGGAUGACCAAUCAGGAAGCCAUGGAGGCGCUUCGGAAGUCCAUGUCAGUAGAGGGCAACAAACGUGGGAUGAUUCAGCUCAUCGUGGCCCGGCGGUUGAUUAAGGACGGCGAGGACAGUUCAGGAAUGUCGGAGCUUCCUGUGAAUGCGCCUUUGGACGAUGAUGAAGAUCAACUCUCCCAGUCACUCUACGAAACGAUCGACUGCCCGGACAACAUGCCUGCAUCGCGCGCUAACAUACUUGCACGCAACGGCCUCUACCAGCUCUCUCCAACUGUGAACAUGCCACAAGACGACACAGUGAUGAUCGAGGACGAUAGGCCGCCCCUGCUUCCUGCCCACCUGUCUGACCAGUCGUCCUCCAGUUCCCACGACGACAUGGGCUUUGUGGGAGAAAACCCAGUUGUCUGGAUACGUGAGGUGCCCAGUCAUAAUGAAUGCUCUCUGAGUCCAGAUGCAGAACCCGAUGUUUCCUUCCAGAGGGAGGGCUUCGCCCGCCAGAGUAUGUCAGAGAAGCGCACCAAGCAGUACGACAGCCCGGCUCAUCUGGACAUCAUCAAGAACCGCAAGUCCAAAAGCAUGGAUCUUGGUUUUGAAGAGCGACAAAUCGGCUCUUCCCCGGGUCUAAAAAAGUCCAGCUCAAUGGAGAAUCUCCAUAAAGAUGCCGCAGACGUCAUGGCGGGCGACGAGCUCAACGUCCAGAGGAUUCAUUCACGCAUCAUCAGGGGGCGAGGCUGCAACGAGAGCUUCCGGGCGGCAAUCGACAAGUCAUAUGUGAAGCCUGGUCUCAUACCAAGGGAAGAAAACAGCGUGGAGACAUUGGAUGAAGACACAGAGGACAGCUACCGGUCAGGCUUCGAGUCGAUGUCCACGAGUGGCGACCUCAGCCUAGGCGGCGGGCUGGUUGACGACAAACAGAAAGACGGUGCCCUGGGCGGGCCGAAGGAAACCAAGAGCGUGGACAAGGAGAAAGACAAGGACAAGAACAAACCAAAGAAGGGUGUGCUGAAAGGCCUGGGUGAGAUGUUCAGGUUUGGAAAGGGCAAGAAGGACGAGGACAAGGUGGAGAGAAAGAGCUCAAGAAGAUCGAAAGCUGAAGACAUGCAAGGAUAUGAAGAUGAAACCAUCCAAAUGAAGCAGGAACAGGAAAGAAUCCAGGCCAAGACGCGGGAAAUUCGGGAGCGGCAGGCGAAGGAGAGGGAAUAUGCCGAGAUCCAAGACGUCGUCAGUCGCACCUUCAGCUCGGACGAGGAGCAUACCUACGCUGGCAUCGGGUCGCUGGGGUCAUCUCAGGACAGCGGCAGCAUCGACCCCUAUGGCCACCACUACCACCUCCCUCAGAGCCCGCAGAGCCCUCGAUCCCCUGUCAACCCACAGCUCAACGGACCCCCUCUGGAGGCGCUGUACGCCCAAGUCAACAAGCACCGCAACGGACGACCCGCAGCUCCCAACAGCAGUCAGAUGGCUCCCAGCAACCAUGACCGGAUACAGAAGCUGAGGCACGAGUUCCAGCAGGCCAGGCACGUGGAGGAGCCAGAGGAACACCAGAGCUCCUACAGCUUCGACCAGUCCUGGGUGAGCAACGGGACCGAGACGCAGAGCGGACGCCAUUCUGCCACAGCCGAGACUCACAAGCAGCAGCAGCAGCAAGAAGACGGAGACGGCUUCCAACAGGCACCGAGGCAGUACAACUCUCUGCCACGGCAACCUCGUAAGAACCCCAGCAUGGCGUCCCAGGAUUCCUUUCAGAGGUCCUACCCACCGUCCGAGGGAUUCCAGGUGCCCAAAGAGAACCCCCGGCUCUCCAUGGGUCCAGGCCCUCGCAACGGCUUCACGGGGAAACCCAGCCUGAACGCCCGGGUCCUGCUGGAGACCCAGGAGCUGCUGAGGCAGGAGCAAAGGCGGAGAGAACAGGAGGCCAGCAAAACCCGAGCAGCUCCCAGACAGGAAGGCCCUAACGGCAGCAGCAGCAGCGGUAGCGGCGUCUACCACCACAACCAGGCCUCAGCCCCAGGCCACGCCCCAGGCCAUGCCCCUGGCCACGCCCAGGGCCACACCCACACCUCACAAAGGUCCAAAGGCCCCUACAGGCAGGACGUUCCUCCAUCACCCACACAGCUGGCCAAACUGGGCCACCGUCAGGGCUCAGAGAAGGGACGGUUUUUAUAUUCCUGAGGGCAGGAAGAGAUCUGAACAAGCAUUUAUACAGCAUGAACACAAAGUAGCCAAUGAGUCUGGUAAAAAAAAAAAUGUAUUGAUUGGUUAUAAAUUUGUAAUAUUUUAAAGACAGAUUUUUUUUUUUUAUAAUAUAAAAUUUAUAGGGUUUUUUUAGCUGUAACAAAAGGAAAUCAGAGAGGUUUUUAACUGUUUCCUAUAUGUGUAUAAAGUGCCUCUUUCUUCUCUUUGUCACCCAUCCAUCCGUCAGCAGCUUGUAGAUGCUUUGGACCCUCCGCACUGCAACACCAAGUCUUUUCAAGUUUUUUUUUUUUUUUUUGGUAUAAUUU